AUGCUUAGAAUAAAAUCGGAUCGAGACUCUGGAAAAGAAUGCUCAAAAACAUCUAUUCAAAAUGUGGAUGAAAAAAUAAGCAGGGAAUCACAAGAAUGUGAUAAGAGUCAAAGUUCAAGUAACAUUAAUAAAAAAUGUGACAAGAGUCAAAGGUCAAGAGACACUAUCGACGACGUAAAUGACAACGUUCAAUUGAAAAGACAAAAUGUGCCGCAUAGACAGGAACGAUUCGAAGAAAUGAUCAGACGAAAGAAAUAUGAAAGAAAACAUUUUUCAAAGCCAAUUACUACUGAAAAAUUUGCAGCAAAUAGUUCUUCAGAGAAAGAGAAUUUGAAUGAAAUGGAAUUUGAUGUUACCCAAUGGGAAAAUACAUUAUGGAUGAAAGAAAAAGAACGUUUUAAAAUUUCUCCGUAUGAUGAAGGCGAGAAAAAAACGACUGAUAAAGGUUUAACAAUCAGCAAUAAAUUACCAUUUGAAAAUGAACUACCAGGUGAAGUUUUAACUCAAAAACUCAACAAAGGAAAUUAUCUGAUAAGGACAGCUAUUAUAUCAAUUGGUAUUGACAGCUUAGAAUUAAUUGCUGCAUUAACAACAAUUAUAAUAUUACUUUUUACAAUUAAUUUUAAUGGUUGGAAUACAUUCUAUCCAAUUUUUAAUACAAUUUUCACCACUUUUAUCAUUCUUUGUCUUAUCAUUACUCAUUCAUUUCAUUUAUACGUUAACGAGAAUCGAAAUAAUCAAAAUGUAAUCGAAUAUUAUAUUCCAAUUUUUAAAAAAUACUUGUUUCUUUAUGGACAUACAAUACGAUGUGUAUUUGUGAUAACAUCAAUUAUUCAAACGACGCUAAUAAUACUUAUCUGA